ACUUCUGAGCAGAGUACGGAAAUCUCAGUUCACUCUCUCUUCCUCCCCAAAAAAAUAACGGAAAUUGAUGAGGGAAAAAAUUAUAAAGCCCCAGAAUCAGAACAAAUGAAAUGGAUGUGGUCACCUUCGGUGCGAUCGUCGUGAUCAUCGUCCUCUUCUUCGUCCUCGUCCUAGUCAUCACUAUUCGAGGCACCUGCUGUCGCUCGAAUUAGCGCCCAAAACCCUAGUUAUAUCCCAAUGACGUCGGCUUCAAUCAUUUUGUUUUCUAUUCUCUUAUUCUCACCGCUUGGUUACGGUCACUCGCCGUCCUGCGGCGACCAUCACCAUGACCGUAGCGAGAUCCGAAGGCGGAAGCUUCCAGAAGAACUGGCGGAGGAGGUGGAUCUGGAGCUCGAUGGAUUUGAUGGCCAUCACCAUCGCCAUCACCAUCACCAUCACCAUGGUGACGAGGAUGACGUUGAAUUAUCAAAAAUAGGUUUAUGGGUCAAGGCACUUGGAUGCUCGCUUCUUGUGAGCUUGGCGUCACUGAUUUGUCUUGUUAUGUUGCCUGUGAUCUGCUUGAAGGGGAAGCCUUCAAAGGCCGUGGUGGAUUCGUUGGCAGUGUUUGGGGCUGGGGCAAUGCUUGGAGAUGCUUUCCUUCAUCAACUGCCUCAUGCUUUUGGUGGACAUUCUCAUUCACAUGACCAUCACAUCAGCACUACAGAUGAUCAUCAUGGACAUGGACAUGAACAUGGACAUGGAGGUGGACAGUCACAUUCUCAUUCUUUACAAGACCUUUCUGUUGGACUCUCCAUUUUGUCUGGAAUUGUACUUUUUCUUCUUGUUGAGAAGGUUGUCAGAUACGUUGAAGAGAAUUCCAAAGGUGAAGCUCAUGGUCUGGGUCACGGACACCAUCACCUGCAUAAAAGACAGCAGAAGUUGAAAUGUGAGGAUGAAAAUCAUGACGCUCCAAAUCCGGUCACUGAAUCAAAGAGUAAAGGUACAGUGGGCAUGGGUGCUGGAGAAAAGUUAUUAGAUGCUGAUAAUUCGUGUCUACAUGAUGAGAAAGUGCAGGAAGCUGCUCUUCGCAAGCGAGUUACUUCCAAUGGCUCUGAUGGCCAAAAUGUGUUACCUGCUGUGGAUGAUUCUGAUGGUUGUCCUGUUGUAAAGAAAGCAUCCUCAAAUGAGUCAUCAUCGCCUCCAUCAUCAAGCUUGAUCUUUGGCUACUUAAAUCUAUUCUCUGAUGGAGUUCACAAUUUUACGGAUGGAAUGGCUUUGGGGUGUGCAUUUUUACUGCAUGGAUCAGUUGGAGGGUGGUCUCGUACCUUAUUUCUGCUUGCACAUGAGCUUCCUCAAGAGAUUGGCGAUUUUGGUAUCUUGGUCCGUUCGGGUUUCACAGUCUCCAAAGCUUUGUUCUUCAACUUUUUGUCAGCGUUGGUAGCACUAGCGGGAACUGCCCUAGCAUUGGUUCUCGGGAAAGAUCCUGGACAUUCAUCUUUGAUUGAGGGGUUUACAGCCGGGGGAUUUAUAUACAUAGCAGUUGCUGGAGUUCUCCCAGAAAUGAACACCGAAAAAACUACAGUGAGAAGCACAGCAGUUCAGUUAACUUCUUUAGUACUAGGAAUGGGCAUCGCCCUUUGUAUUUCACUUGUAGAGUGAGGUAUCUUCCUUCUGUAUUUUUGUUGUAUCAAAUACAAUUUGGUAAGUUUACUUGUUCCUUUUUCGUAUAAGGUAUAGCAUAUACACUUUUUACACGGUAACAUGAGUUGAAUACUAAGGUUUCGAGUGCUACCUGUCUA